AGAUAGAGGCGUCGCGCGAGGCUAUCAGCCGAUGGAAUAUGGGAUCUGGAGUCUUCACGCCGCGGGUGAACUUUGGGGUGACCCGCGUCUCGCCCGAAGGCACCCGAUUCUGCCGCCAAGCGCGACGCAGCUGCUCCCGAGGGCAGCCUUCGCCCUGAGCGCCCUUCAUCGGCCAGACAUGGUGCCGUUACCGCUGACGUCGCCCGGACCACCGUACGGGCCCAUGGAACUGGUCACAAAGCCAUCCGUCGCCUCCAGCGAGGGCGACGUCGAGAAAAAGGAUGCUGAGCAGGACGAUGAUCAGCAACCACGCGACGACAACGAAGGAAACAUCGAAAUACCAGACGAGAAUGAUAAUCAGACGUCCGUACCAAAAGAAACCAACGACAACGAAGACGCUGGGGAGGAAAGCGACAGCGGAAGUACAAACAGUUCCCAUCGCUCGGCCAACAAUAAUCUUUCGACGAAGCUGCUCGAUCCGAUGGCUUACCUUGCUUUCGAUAAGGAAGGAACGGUCACACCGGUUCUAAAUGGCUGGGUCCUCGGAGCAUACACCGCCAUGCUUGGAAGACUGUCUGCGGCGACGGCGGCCCUCGAAGCUACAGAGAUCCCAAACAUUCCCUCCGACAGCGACUCCGAGAGCGAACAUUCGUCUUACACCGAGAAGUCGCGAGGUAGCAGUCCAAACGUGAGCAAUGCUCAUCGCGGUUACUCCUGCGGUUCCUGCGACGUGGUUGCACCGACGAGACCGGCGCUAAGGAAACACAUUGUCGAUUGCCAUCCACCUGUCUCCAGCACGGAAACAGGAGAAACGAAAAGUUGUCCGUCCUCGGGCUGUGACUUCAUAACGAGCAGCAGGUGCGAAAUGGAGACCCACGUGGCGGCGCACGUGGCACAGGGAAUGACACCGACAGGGAAGAAACGAAGCCUGGCAUUGCAACGCGUCAGGUACAGAUACGAAAGAGAAGAGUACCGUUGCUCGCUGUGCUCGUACGCCUGCACCAUCGAGAAGGCGUUUCAGAGGCAUUUAAGGGCCCACGCGAAGGGCACAGCGCCAGAGACCAGGGUGAGCUGCGCGGUUUGCGGCGCCGACCGAUCCUCCGAAGUCGAUCUCAGCAGACACAUGAGAAGGCAUCGCGACGACCGGUAUUUCUGCUGCGACAUUUGCAUUUUUCGCACGGUCCAACUGAAAAAGCUCAUUCAACAUCGUCGGAUGCACACGGGCGAGAAACCUCACCUUUGUCCUCACUGCGCGUACAGAAGUGCCCGUCGCGACAACCUACGAAGCCACGUAAGACGAGUCCACAAAAAGGAGAAUCUCUAUUGCGACACGUUCAGUCCACGCGGUAUGUUAUUAACACCUACGAUCGGAAGAGAUACUCCUCUCGUGCAGAGUCCGGAACCAUCGCCGUCCUCCAACACGGAAUCCACUAACUAGCGAAGUAACUCGUCGAUAGAAGCGAACAUGAACGAUUCGAGCGGAUAGUCGUCGCCUCACACGUCCUAACUUUGUCAAUAUUUCCGACUUAGGUGUUAGAAUCGCGGAUGAGGUUUUACAUCGGCAAAGCCAAUCGUGCCGUCACCGUUUAAGCUACUCUGGAGAUCGACGUCUUUAUCGAGAA